CGCGUCGUGAUUCUAAGGGCAGAGCUGACCUAGAAGAGAAACGUCAUACUAAGGAGGCUUACGUCCCAAGAGUUCACAGGCGCACUCAUUCGAACUCCUUAUCUCCUACUCGGAAAGGUCGUUUACGAGACAGAUCAAUUGAUGAUAAGAAAAAAGAGAGAGUCCGAGCUCAUAGAAGUAGGAGCAGAUCCACCUCUGCCGAGCGUGAUCAUUCGAGAAGACGGCACGCGCGUAAAAGACAUAAACGAGCACGUUCUGAAUCUUCUGAUUCUGAUGAUACCGAAUCAUCUGAUUCAUCUGCAUCGGCAAGCAGACAAAAGAAAAAAAAACAUAAAAAACGGAAGAGCGAAAAAAGUGAAAAAAAGAAGAAAGACAAAAAGAAAAAGAGGAAAGAACACAAGACAAAAACGUUGAAGAAUCAAUGGGGAAAAUAUGGUGUAAUCGGUGAAAAAGAUAUGCAUUUAAAAGAAGAGGAGUUCAAUUUAUGGUUGCUCGAAGAAAAACAUCUUAAUGUUGAAGAGAUAAGCCCCUUCAUGAUGAAAGAAUACUUUAAACACUUUGUAGAAGGCGCUUUAGUAGAUUUAAAGAAAGAUGAAGAGGAACUUCGGAGACAACACCGUCAACAGGUCCGCGUACCUCCCCCAUCUGAUUCAUUGUUGACUAAGGAUCAAGUGAUAGAGAUCAAACGCGUAUACGAUGAACGAGUUCAAGCCGAAAAAUUAAGGAAAAUGGGUUUCACACCUAAAGAAA